AUGUUUGAAGCAAGACUUUUGAAAAGUGGCCAGCUCAAAAAGAUUUUGGAAGCCAUUAAGGAACUUUUAAAAGAAGCGACAUUUGAUUGUUCUGAUUCUGGGAUUCAACUUCAGGCCAUGGAUGACGCCCAUGUUAGCUUAGUAUCUAUGUGUUUAAAAAGUACUGGUUUUGAUAAGUUUCGUUGUGAUCGGAACUUAUCAAUGGGUAUUAAUCUAGAAAGUAUGGUGAAAAUUAUGAAAUGCUGUUCUAAUGAUGACAUUAUGACUAUCAAAGCACAAGAUAAUGCAGAUACUCUUAGUAUUAUGUUUGAGACAUCAAACCAGGAGAAAAUGUCAGACUAUGAAAUGAAACUUAUGAAUUUGGAUCAAGAACAUCUUGGCAUUCCUGAAACAAAUUAUUCUUGCGUAAUUAAGAUGCCUUCAACUGAGUUUGCAAGAAUUUGCAGAGAUUUGAGUCAGUUUGGAGAAUCUGUUAUUAUUGCUUGUACCAAAGAUGGUGUAAAAUUCUCUACAUCAGGUGACAUAGGAUCAGCCAAUGUCAAACUUUCUCAAAGUGCAUCAAUUGAUAAAGAAGAAGAAGGAGUUACCAUUGAAAUGCAACAAGCUGUAUGUUUGACAUUUGCUUGUCGUUACCUGAAUUUGUUUUGCAAAGCAGCUCCUUUAUCUCCACAAGUUAUUUUAUCGAUGUCUGGUGAUGUUCCAUUAGUAGUAGAAUACCAAAUUGAAGAGUUGGGUUUUAUUCGGUAUUAUUUAGCUCCUAAAAUUGAAGAAGAUGAUUAAUUUUGAUUGUAUUAUUUAUCUAAAAUAGAUCUUAAGAACAAACUUA